AUGCGAGUAGAUGCAAGCCCUGUGGUGAAGGCACCUCAAACGAAUCAUGGAGACGCGAGCCCUGCGGUGAAAGUUCCUCAGGUGAGUCAUGUCGGGGAAGAGACUUCUACAGAAAAUUUCUCUUCAAUUCAGGUAGAUGCAAGCCCUGUGGCAAAGGCACCUCAAACGAAUCAUGUAGACAUGAGCCCUGCGGUGAAGGUUCCUCAAGCGAAUUAUGUCGAGGAAGGAGCUUCUACAAAAAAUGUCUCUUCAAUUCAGGUAGAUGCAAGCCUCGUGGUGAAGGUUCUUCAAACGAAUCAUGUUGAGGAAGGGGCUUCUACAGAAAGUAUCUCAUCAAUGCAGGAAGAUGCAGGUUCUAUGGUGAAGUUUCCUCAAGCGAAUCAUGUUGAGGAAGGAGAUUUUACUGAAAGGGCCUCUUCGGUUCAGGUAGAUGCAAGCCCUGUAGCGAAGGUUCCUCAAAUGAAUCAUUUUGAGGAAGUAGCAGCUUCUACGAAAUAUAUCUCAUCAGUGCAGGUAGACACUAACCCUGUGGUGAAGAUUCCUCUCACGAAUGAUGCUGAGGAAUGGCCUAUGAUAGAGGUGCCCAACUCGACUGUGGUAGAGAUCCCUGUGGAGAUAGACAAUGGUGUCUCUCAGAAGAUCGAAGAAAAUGUCAUGGGGGAGGAACCCAUGAGGAGGUUCACUCGCUCUUUACUAAAAGCCGAUGUGAAGGAACCAGCACUUCCCAUUGUUGAAGAAUCACCAGUUUUGACAGCAGAAGCUUCCUCCGCAGCCAGUGGUGGUUCUGUUGGUUUUGAGGAAAUCAAAGUCUCAGCUGAUACAGUAAACGCCUCUGAUGAGCCAUUAAGGGUGACGCCACAGAGGAAAAUGGAGUUGAAAAUGUCGAAGAAGAUUGCAUUGUCGAAGUUUCCGUCAAAUAUUAGAGACUUGCUUGCAACAGGUUUGCUUGAAGGAUUGCCAGUCAAAUACCUCAUUCAUAGCUAUGACAAGGUACUUGCAUUUUCUUCAUCACAGAUUUUGUUUUCUUGUGGGAUGUUGUUUCUUUUUUUUCUUUAGAAUUCUCGUUUUGGUAAUUUUUUAUAGCAGCAAUGAUUUCUGUCCGCCGCCAGGUGAAGCAUGCUUAUUCUGAGAGAAGACAUUAGUUUGUGGAAUUGUACAGCCUAAUUUCGGUUUUAUCCUCUUUCUUUUAUUUCAACAUUUCUAAUUCAGCUUCGACUAUCCCGUGGCUUAACCACUGCAGCAAGGAGGGCUUCGUGGAGUGAUCAAAGGUGGCGGCAUAUUAUGUUUUUGUGCUUCUUGCAAAGGGUUGAAUGUAAGUACUACUUUCUUUCUUUUUGCUUAAAUUUUGUGAACGUUAAUUAGUGUAUUCAUCACUACUAAUUAAAUGUAAAUCUGCUAAUAAUCUGUUUAUGUUAAGUAAUGACAUGGUGUUUUACUGUGGGGGUGGGGGGCAGACCGUUUCUGCCUACAAUUUUGAGCUCCACGCUGGCAGCAAAAAAAAGCAUCCUUCUGAUUUCAUCUGUCUGGAAAACGGAAAUACAAUCCAUGACGUUUUGAGGGCGUGCUCUAGUGCUCCUUUGGACAUGCUGGAAUCGACGAUUCAGAAUGCAAUUAGCUCUGAAGGGGCCAAGCUUUUGAACACUGACAAAUGCAGAGGUGACUAAUCAAAGUCAGCCUGAUGAUUUAGUCACGAUUAACUUUGGAUGUUCACCACUUUUUUAAUUAAUGUCGAUGAACUGCAGAUUCCUCUGCCAGAUCACAUACUGGAAAGUCGGCAUUGCUCUGUGAUCCGUACCUGGCUGUAAAACAAUCUCCAACAAGCCCAAGCCCAUCUCAGGAUAGUAUCAGCACAUCCAGGUGUGUCUACUUUUGAAGUUCAGUCUCGUUGGCUUAUAUGGCAAUAUGUAAAGUCACAAGUGAGAAUUUUCUUGAUUGCUUCCACAAGAUUUACUAAGAAUGAUUAUGGAAGGGUUUUUGUGUUUAAAACUGAUGUAAUUAGCACAGUAAAGGUUGUUGUCCGGUGCCCUUUGGAAAUAAUUUUCACUCUAUGCUGCAUCACAUCUCGCAUUUAAGCUAGGAAAUAAGCAUAAGAGUUAGAUAUCUAUACUUCUUAUUUUGGCUGUAUUAGAGGCUGCUAAGUUGUCCUACUACCGUUUGGAUUUUUUUUUUUUUGCUUGUUCGUAUUGGAUUAAUUUACUUCUUGUGAUGUUGGUUGUCCAGCACAUUGCUUUGCUAAAUGCUAACUUUGUCAAUUGACAGAAUCUGUAUUAGUUGAUGUUGGUAUCCUUAUUUUUCAAAUCGAUUACCAUUGAGGGCUGAAUCUUCUGGCAGAUAAAUAAAUAUACUAAUUUUCUAGUUUACAAGAGGUCAUCGACUCAAGCUAUAAGGAACAAGUUCAAAUGUUCAUCUAUUUGACAGAACACAAUGACGGGAGUCUAUGAACAAUGAGAAAAAACGACCUACACAUGGAAAAAUGUCCCUAUCUCGGUAAAAAGCUCUGUAUGACUUGUAGAUGCUUGCACUCACGCAAUAAAAAGCAUUCCUGACUGUAGGUGGAAGAAAUGGACCAGUACUAGGGGAUCUCAUGAUUUGGUGACGUAUCCUCCAUGUGACCUUUUGAACCAUUUGGAGUGAGAGAAACAAGUGGUAUUGUUGUCUUGCAUUGGACAGAAAUAGAGCUACAUUAGACCUCAUAAGAGGUAAGUACCUUUCCUCUCAAAUAACAAGGGGAACAAACAUUCGAUGUCCUAAGGGAAAAAUAAAAGAAAAAAAAAUAGAAAACAGCAUAGUUUAUGCAGUUUUAAAAAAUGCUUUUAUUGUCACACUUCCUUCGAAUUUAUUAAUUCGGUGAUCUUUGUCUAUGUAAUGCCAAAUUGGUAUCUAUCAAGACGGUCCAAGUAGAUUCCCAAAGAACUGGAAUUUCACAUUUUCUGACUCUUUAUAUUUUCAGAACUUGUUCACCUUUUUUUUUAAUGUAGCCAUCUUGUGCUUCUUUCUUCAGGCAUUCGAGAUCCAUUUUUUCACCAAAACUUUCUGAGAGCACGGCAAAAUGUAUAUCAGCACAAAAGGGCAGUCGAGGACGAAUGACCACGAAGUCAGUAUUUGAUUACAUUUUCUAUAAUGUUGGCUUUUAUGCAUUGUUCUGUUCCUGCUCAGUUCUCAUUUAGAAACCUUUUUUAGGGAUUUACGACUGCAUAAGUUGGUAUUUAUGGAUGAUAUCUUACCGGAUGGAACUGAAGUUGCUUACUAUGCUCGUGGCCAGGUUGUUCGUUUUGACAUUUGUUUUCUUUCUUCAUUUGUAUUCUUUCUCUAAUGACUUUCAUAUUUUUACCUUCAGAGAUUGCUUGGUGGCUAUAUUAAAGGUUCCGGAAUAUUUUGCCAUUGCUGCAAUACAGUGGUAUGAUUGUAUUCCUUUAUGCGUUUUGUCUGCUCCUCAUUUCUACGGAAUUAUUAUAUGCUUUUUUUUUAAUAACUGAGCAGGUCAGCCCCUCUCAGUUUGAAGCUCACGCUGGUUGGUCUUCAAGACGCAAGCCGUAAGUUCAUCUUCGGAUUAGUUUAUUGUGGCAUUCCAUUUUGAAAGUUCUUUUUGUUACUGAUCAUGUGAUUUCCAAUUGCCAGCUAUCUAAACAUCUAUACCUCAAAUGGUGUCUCGCUGCAUGAACUCUCUGUCUCGCUAUCGAAAGGCAAGAAGUUUUCAACCAGUGAAAGUGAUGAUCUUUGUAGGAUCUGUGGUGAUGGUGGAGAUCUUUUGUUGUGUGAUCUCUGCCCGAGGGCUUUCCAUAAAGGUAACAUGGUUCCUGGUUCUUCGAUGAGCUUUGUGUUCUUCCCUUCUCCUCUAUCCUGUUUGCACGACUACUGUAUGCUUUCAGCCCUAUAUCAAUUGUAUUCUUCACCUUGAUAGAUUGCAGAACCAUUUAUUCUUUCUGUGCGAAUUUGCAUAUUCCUCAGGAGCGCUCUGUCAGCUAAACCAUUUGAUGGAUGGAAGAGUUGUUUUCCAUCCCUUUCUAUACCCAUCUAUCACUAUAUCUCUUUUCCUAGUUAUAUUCCUCUCGAAUAUAACUAGCAUUCUUCCAGUUUGCCUUUAUAGUUUCUAUUCUUGCCGCUUGAUACUUCCUAAACUUCAAGACACUCUACUUGCUCUAAAUUCUGGUCCUCUUUAUUAGAAAGCUUACUAUUGUCAUCCAUUUUGUCAAUUCUGGCAGUUUUUUUAGCUUCCCCAGCGGUCUCAGACCCAGCUCUUCUGAUUUGGUAAUGAUGGCCAUCAUUUCUCCAGCUGAAAAAUGCUAUUUUCUACUGUACAACCUUUAUUGCGUUCUACAAAUGAGGCUUGUGAUCUGAUACAAGCCCAUAUUAAAUAUGCUUCCAUCUUUGACUUAUCUGUCUCUCUCCUGCUAGAGAGCAUGAUCGUCCUAUACAAAAUAGGAAAGAUAUUUCCGAUGCAGGGCGAUAUUCAUAUUUACUAUUCGAGAUGCAAACAUUUGUGAGGAUGCCUCAACAAAGAAAUCCAUGUCUUCAUGUCUAACACCACCUUUUUCUCCUUGGCUUCAUCUUCCCCUAGAUACCAAGAUAGUCUGGUCUUUCAUUCAGGUCCAAUUGAUCCUCCCACAAUUUGUUCUUUCCUUAGCUGAUAAAGGAGGAUAUACCUAAGAGAAAUUUCGUACAAACUUGUCACACAAUUUUAUAAAUGCCAAGGAAAUGGAAUAUCACCUUGCCCUGCAGAACUCAAAAACUCUUCCAUUGAAAAACUUGUUCAGCGAGGUCAUAGUCCGAGGAGCAUACCUGGUGAAGCCAACCCUUGAUCAGGGUUGUGAAACCAUCCUUAAACAGUCUCUCCUUUUUCAACUUUUGGUUGAUUAAAUCAUCUGUGCCUUCAAUCCCUACGGUUAGUCAAGAAGAAUAAGGUUUCUUUAUCUUGAAGGAGUUCACCCGUGCUGAUCACCCCCUAGAAUGCUGGCCACCGUAUUUGGGGUGUUGGGCGUGGGGGGGCGCCACCUGUGGUUUAGUUUCCCGGAUGUGACUUUGUCAAUUGGCCAUUUUAUGAUAUGCUCUAACAGGGGAAAAUUUAGCCGGAAAAGCCUCCGAUGAUAUUUUUCAUGCCUUGUUCUAUAUCUUUACUGUAAUUGAUUUGUCACUCUCUGAGCAAAAGGGUAAACUUGGUACAUGGAUUUGUCCCUCGUGUAAGUUGCAGUGUGUUGCAUUCCAAAGAUAUAGACUACUUUAUAUAUGCCGUGUAUCAAGGGCAGGCGAUCAUCAUUUCGUGGUCUGACUACUUAUGUGUGAAUGGUUAUCUGAAAUUCCAACAUGUCAGGGAUUGGGACCACAUAGUUUAUGUUUGAUAAUAUGCAUUCCAUAAUUUUGUCCCAGUUGUAUACUGUGUGGUUAAGUCACCAAUGUUGAUGCAACUGCUUGCUAUUGACUCACCCACUCUGCUUGUGCCAUUGAACACUUAGGAUAUUAUUUCUGAUAUCUGAUGAAUUUACCUCUCAAUUUCAGAAUGUGUUGGUGUGACAACUGUUCCAACCGGGGAUUGGUAUUGUCCAUGCUGCCAGAACAUGCAUCUAAAGGAUAAAUCUGUGGGACAUAAUGAAAAUGCCAUUGCUGCUGGAAGAGUUGAUGGCGUUGAUCCUAUUGAGGAAAUAUUCAAGCGAUGCAUUCGCAUUGCCAAGACACCGGAGGCUGAUGUUGGUGGUUGUGUAUUAUGUAGGUCUGUGUUCUCAUUGUUUCUUGAUUCACUGUCAUUCCAUUAACAUUUCCGCUUGUAGUCAUGUGAUUGAUAUUUUCCUCCACUUUUCUGUCGUUGGGUGCACAUAGCCAAUAUAUGGGUUACUUAUGGUACUUUAUUCUUUUUCAGAUGUCAUGAUUUCAGCAGAUCUGGGUUUGGACCUCGCACUGUUCUACUUUGUGAUCAAGUCAGUCCUUUCUUUGAGUAGUUUGAUUAGUGGGGUUGUCAAUGCCUUUUCAUUGCAUUUCAUAAUUUUACUUACUAAUUUCAUUACUUUUUCAGUGCGAAAGAGAAUUUCAUGUUGGAUGCCUAAAGGAGCACAACAUGGGAGACUUAGAGGUGAACUUAAUGUCAUUUACUUUCUUAUAUUUCAUUUUUUCCCGUUUCUUUUGUAUACAUGAAAAAAAGAGCUCGGGGGCUGCAGUGGAUCUUGAUAUAGCAACUUUUUCCAUCUUUAUCCUCUUUUUCAGGAAUUGCCCGAGGGCAAGUGGUUUUGUUCGUCGGACUGUGGUCGGAUUCAUGAUUCUCUGCAGAAAUUACUCUCAUCUGGACCCGAAGAGCUGCCAGUCUUUCGGACGGAUGUUAUAAAGAAGAAGCAAGAUGAUAACGCUCCAAGAGAAGAAAUUAAUCUUGACAUUAGAUGGAGAAUUCUUAGCGGAAAAACAGCCUCUCCCGAAACCAGAUUGUUUCUGUCUAAGGCCCUGUCUAUAUUCUACGUAAGUACUACAACAGCACAACUGGAAUUCUUCUGGCGUUGUGUUGGUACACUUUAGGCGUCUGGAUGUUCUCCACGCUCAUUUCUACAUGUUUCUUGUUACAUAUUAUUUUUUGCAUAAUAUAAACCAUCAACCCAGUUUACCUCUAUAUUAUAAAUCUGCUUGGAUCUUCCAAUUACCUACAGAAUCACAUAAAAAAAACCUGAUAAUUGUAUGGUGCACAAUCAAGCACUUGUUUCGUUUUACUUUUUUUGUUGUUGUGGGAAAUAGCUGCUCCUUUCUUUCUUCUCUAAUUAAGGAAAGAGGUUGGUUAUGUAUAUUUUUUUUCCAAAUUUUCAGGAAUCCUUUGAUCCAAUAGUUGAUUUUGCUACACGAAAGGACCUCAUUCCCGCAAUGGUCUAUGGGUAACCUCUUAUUCUCAAGUUUCACAUCUAUUUUACCUGAUCUGUUUUCAGAAAAGAAUCGUUUUGUAGCAGUUUUUUUUUUUUUCCAUCCUUCCUAACCGGAUUUGUUAUUUUCCUUCACUGGCAGAUGGGACUUGAGAGAUCAAGAUUUCGGAGGAAUGUACUGUGCAGUACUAACCGUGAAGUAAGAAUGGAAACUGAAGGCAAAAAAUCGUCGUGUGGGUGGGCUUGAUUUCUUUUCAUUGUCUCACCCAUGAAUGCUUUUCUUUCUUUACAGUACGUCCGUGAUAUCGGCUGCAAUUCUUCGAGUUUUGGGUUGUGAAGUUGCAGAGCUUCCACUCGUUGCAACAAGUAGGGAAUGCCAGGGGAAGGUGAGCUCUUUUGUGUGACCAGCAAGCACUCUGAGAUAAAUUGCUAUGAUGGACAGGAGACAAAAAACUAGCUUUCAUAUCAAUUCACUUGUGAUUAUUUCUCAUGGAAAUUUAAUGACAUUAAUACGCUCACUCAAAUCUGGUCGAUCUUUUGGUCGCUCGUUCGAUCUUUUAGUGCGAGAUCCAGAUGAUUAAGACGCAUCGUAUUGCAGGGAUAUUUCCAGUCACUGUUUUCCUGCAUUGAAGACUUGCUGGAUUCCUUAAAGGUGAAGCAUCUGGUGCUCCCCGCUGCAGAAGAAGCGGAAGCCAUCUGGACCAAAAAGUUUGGCUUCAGCAAAAUCUCUCUCGAUCAGGUGUGAAUAGAAGCACGUUAGCUUCUCUCUCUCUCUCUCUCUCUCUCUCUCUCUCUCUAUCUCUCUUUCUCUGCACAUCAUGUUCCUACUGCUGAAGCGGGAGCUGAAAUAUCAUCAUGCAGCUGAACGAGUACAUGAAGGGCAUCCGCACGAUGAUCUUCGAGGGGACGUCUUUGCUACACAAAGUGGUUGGCGGGCCUCCGAAGGACGACGCGCAGACCGGAGAAUGCGCCAGCGGGUAG